AUGACCCCUCGGGUUGCGACCAUGGUCAUAGAUUCGACAUUUGAAGAAGAAGGAGAAGAAGGAGAAGAAGGAGAAGAAGGAGAAGAAGGAGAAGAAGGAGAAAAGGAGAAGAAGGAGAAGAAGGAGAAGAAGGAGAAGAAGGAGAAGAAGGAGAAGAAGGAGAAGAAGGAGAAGAAGGAGAAGAAGGAAAGGAAGGAGAAGAAGGAGAAGAAGAAGAAGAAGAACAACUUCCGCGUCGUUACCUUUGUACUCGGCUUCCAGCAACCGCCGCCGAGUCAAAUCCUCAACGUCUUCAAGAACCCGAGGGUUUGGGGGGAAGGUGGGCAAAGGUGUUCUGCUCCAUGCACAAGACUGCUCAAUUGCAAGCCCUUUGGGCAACGAUACCGACCAGCGCCGCCAUUUCUGUCGACGGCGAACCCUCAAAGCAUGGGUACAGAUGGCAACUACAGCAGCUACUACCAGAACCAAUCGUCUGGAUAUUCUGCGUCUGCGCCGACAAUCCCGUCCAUCCUACUGGCUUACGCCAACGCCAACGCCACAGACUAUGAUGAAGGCGACACACGAAGUCAGACGCCGGGAUUGCCCGGGAGUUACAAUGCGGAUAUCAUCAUGUACAACGUUCCGCAUGCGGCGACACAACAGUCCGUCUACGACACGCCGCAGUAUACAGCGCGGCAACAUGCAGCAAUGCAAAUAUUACCCUCGGACGUGGUCUCGAACUAUUUCACCUCGGAAGCAGCUGGCGACGCGGCAACGGCACUGCAAGCGUCAGGCCAAAGCUCGAGCACUCCCACGAAUGCGUAUCAAGCGCAAAAUCCUGGCUUGUCAUAUUUCAGCAGCAUGUCCGACGUAAAUGACGGACACCACCAGCAGUCUACAAGCUCCCGAGCCGGACCUGCCGAGGCACGAGAGUAUGGUGAGGAAGACGCCGCGGCAGAGAGGUGGGCAACCUUUGAAAGCCAACUGAGAACAGUCUUCCAAGACGUGUCUAGUGGACAGCUGGAGAGAGCCUCGGCCACUCUAUGCAGCAUAACCAGCUGGAUGCUUUCGCAUGUCGUGGAACUGGGCUUACAUCAGGACAACUCGGCCUUGCACGAAGAUCGAUUACGACGCUGGGCUGACUUGAACAACGCAUGGCUGGCUUUGGCGUUUCAGCAGAAGGAGCUGAUGAGCUCUGGGCAGCAGGAGUCCGGAUCGCAAAGCCUGAUGAGCGAAGACACGGUCAAGAAGAUGGGAGACGAGCUGAUCCGACUUUGCGACGGCAUAGAGCGACAUGGACUGGUCGAUUACGAAUACGGAGUGUGGGAAGAGCAGAUUGAAGCGGUGUUGGAGGAGUGUUUAGACCUGUUUGACCAAAGAGAUGGUCCGGCAUGA